CUAAUAUCAUUUUUCAUUGGACUUACAGCUGCAAUGGAAUAUUCUCUAAUUAAAACUAAAUAAAAAAAAAUAUUUAUUAUUCCUCCUUUUGUUAUGUUUGUUUUCACUUGCUCUCUGUGUUCAUUAUCUUCUUCUUCUUCUUCUUCUUCUUCUUCAACCCGACGAAAUAUACAAUCCGACGGGAGAAGACAGUCCCGAAUUCGAAAUCAAGCACCGAAGGAUUUUCUCAUUUGUCUCAAAAUAUCUGCGGAGAGAUAAGAGAAUUCUGAAAUCCAUCGAGAAGAAGACACUGUUGUGGCAGAUAUGAGUUCGUCUCUACCUCUGAGGCUCCUUCAGCCUCUUACAACAUCCUUGAUUUCUCCUUCUCUAGAUUCCCAUGCUCCCUCGCCGCUCAGAUCGCAAAACCCUAAUUUCAAUCGCCGAUCCUCUUCUUCUUCUUCUUCUUCUACUACCUCGUGUUCUUCCCAGUGGCAGCUUUUCCCUCGGCAAAUACGGCGAUCCAGAUCCUAUUCUCCGUGUAUUCCCAUGUGCUUUCCUGAACACACGAGAGAGCAAGAAGACAAGACAGAUGUUUGGAGAAAUGAAGAUGACCACAUUACGUGUGGGCUUGAAUCGGAUGAAGAAUCAGGGCUCCGGAUUCCAACUCAGGCUCAGGCUAUCGUUGAAGGAUCUGGUUCAGUUGCAGUUUCAGAGCUAAAACCCGCCGCUGAUGUAGAUUACAUACAAGAGCUAUUGGCGAUACAGCAACAAGGGCCAAGAUCAAUUGGCUUCUUUGGGACAAGGAAUAUGGGUUUCAUGCAUCAAGAACUGAUCGAGAUACUUAGCUACGCCAUGGUUAUUACAAAAAACCAUAUAUACACUUCAGGUGCAUCAGGAACUAAUGCGGCGGUUAUCAGAGGUGCAUUGAGAGCAGAGAGACCGGAGCUUCUUACAGUAAUAUUACCCCAAAGUUUGAAAAAACAACCUCCUGAGAGCCAGGAACUGUUGUCUAAAGUAAAAAACGUGGUAGAGAAGCCACACAAUGACCAUUUGCCAUUAUUAGAAGCCAGCAGGCUCUGUAAUAUGGACAUCAUAUCACAAGUUCAACAAGUAAUCUGCUUUGCGUUUCACGACAGUAAGCUUCUCAUGGAGACAUGUCAAGAAGCUAAAAAUCUCCGCAAGAUCGUCACGCUCUUCUACCUCGAUUGAUUCCACAAUCUUAUUCUUCAGGGAACAUAGAAGAUAUAAGUUGUAAAUUAUGAAUCUUCAUCAAAAAAAAAAUACACAACAUACUAUUCUUUUGUCUAAAUUUUGAUUCCCAUCAUUAUGAUUUUACUGGAUUUUUCUCAACUAUUAACAUCACAUCGGUUAUAAAAUUUUACUUUGCAUCUCAUUUUCCUGCAACUCGAUAUUUCAGCUACUAUAAAAAUGAUUAUUAAAAUAUAACUAGCUUCUCGCAGGAAGCUUAUAUUCUCUACAGUAGUCUUACUUCUGCUUUUAGUCCUCGCCGAUUCCUUCGUUUGCGUGUCGUUGAUCCGAUGGAAAACGCCGGUAAAGCUCCCGCAGUCGAAUCUCCCCGUGAUAUCUUCCUACGGUUGAUGAGCGAGAAUUCUUCUGGUGGUUGGGAAAAGAGCUGGGAAGCAGGAGCAACUCCAUGGGACUUGGGAGGACCAACUCCGAUCAUCUUGCAUCUCGCCGAGACUGGUUCCUUGCCUAAUGGCAGGGCUCUAGUUCCUGGUUGUGGAACCGGUUAUGAUGUGGUGGCAAUGGCCUCCCCUGAUCGUUAUGUCGUUGGACUGGAUAUAUCAAAAACUGUGGUUGAGCGAUCAUCAAAGAGGUUCUCCUCACUGCCCAAUGCAAAAUACUUCUCUUUCUUGAGUGAAGACUUCUUCACAUGGGAGCCAGCUGAAAAAUUCGAUCUCAUAUUCGACUAUACUUUCUUCUGCGCAUUUGAACCUAGCGUGAGACCUCAAUGGGCACAGCGAAUGGAAAAGCUUUUGAAACCCGGUGGAGAACUUAUAACAUUGAUGUUUCCUAUAGAUGAGCGUUCUGGAGGGCCUCCUUACAAAGUAUCUGUGUCUGAAUACGAGAAGGUUCUGAUUCCAUUGGGGUUUGAGGCAAUCUCCAUUGUGGACAACGAACUUGCUGUAGGACCACGCAAGGGACUGGAGAAGAUUGGAAGAUGGAAGAAAUCUUCAACGUUUCACUCCACCUUGUGAAUUGCUAUGAUGUGUAUUGAUCACUACAGAAGCUUCAAGCUAGAUGUUUUUGUGAUUUUUCACUGUUAAUCUAAACGUGUAUGACCACUGAAAGAGACAUGGAACUUGAACUCAGAUGUUUUUGUGAUUAUUCUGUCGGUUAACUCUUGGUUAAUGCUUAUAUAAAUCAGUAAACCGUCUAAAACCGAGGUCUAUGAGUUUUUGAGUUUAGAAUUUUAAUUUUGUGGGGAUAAGAGACUACUAUGAC